AUGACCAGCCUCACAAUUGCAGAGGUCUCCGGCUUGAUCGCCGCGGGCGUGUUCAUCCUGCAAUUACUUUUCCCACUGUCUCUGCCGCUUAUCCUUAUCGCUUUCUUGUCUGACGAGAACUCGAUCAUCAGCUGGAACGUGCUCGCCCGCUUUCUCCACUCGACCCUAUGGCCCAGCAUUCUCGGCUCCAGCACGGCCGCCGCAUCCGGGGUGCAAAAGAGGCUGACUAUCACCGGGCACGCGCAGACGAUCAUCUUGGGGAUCGUCUCCAUCGCCUCGAUUGUUACUCCACUGGGCCUGUAUGACUCUAUCGAGCUAGGAGGGUCGCCAACACCCCAACCAUUCGCCUACAUCAAAGACACGUCCCCGUUCAGUUACGGAACGCCCGCUCGCAGCGAUGCCCCGUUCACGCGCAAAUGCGGCCUGGACCAGGCUUGUCCGGGGACGAGCCUGAAUAAGACGUGUCACCAGCAGGGCCUGCUGGAGAAUUGUACCGUCGUCUAUGAUAGUCUUGUCCCGAAGCAUUUGCAAGAUGUAUUCCGCGAUGGCGCGAGCGCGUUCGGGCCUUCGGUCGCGAGUAUUUUCGACAUGCAGUACCGGACCUUUAUAAAUGGGACGGACCCGUACAGUGUGCUGGGAUGGUAUGCGAAGCCGUCAUAUCGCUCGCUGCAGGUUCUGAUUUUGGAUGAGAAGGUCGAGGCAGUGGAGGGUUUGAUUGUUGAUAUGGUGGACGGGGGGAUAGGAUUCAGGAAUCAUACCGCUCCGGCCAAGGCGCUCAAGUAUGGGUCCACCUGGAAUGAGGAUAUCCUGUUCAUCCGACCGGAGACGCAGUGUGUGCCGUUGAACUUUUCGAUUGAUUUCCAGCUGCCGUCGGACCUCGAGACGAACUUGGAUGUUGUUGAUCUGAUGUUGAGAGAUCACGGGGGACUGUCGAGACUGCCGCAACCUCGCCUGCCGAUGAGUGUUCCUGUCAACGGGCAGGAGUUUGAUUUGUGGCAGAGAGCGUGGAAUGCGGCGUGGUAUAACAACUUUCUAACCCUGGCGUAUUUGAACGCGACGGAUCCGGAUCCUACGAACAUCACCCGUCUGGACGUGACGCCAGGACAGACUUUCAAGCUGGAGUAUGCGAACUUUACCCUUGGAGACCGCAGCAUCAGGAGUACAGUCAGUCUGGGAGAGUAUCUCAAUCUCCGCAUCAGCAACUCUACCGCCAAUCCUCAUGGAAUCGCCGAGAAAGACUUCGACUUAGCUACAACCAUCUGCGGCGGCACAACCUCCUCCAGCCCAUCCACCAUCAACAGCGCCCUCAUCGGCUGCGGCCUCGUCUACGGCGCCGCUAACCGCACCGACGGCGGCUCUCCGCUACGAACAGACCCAAACUCCCCCUGGAGCAUUCCGCUCUACAUCUGCGCCAGCGCCGUCAAAGCUAGCCUCAAAACAGUCUCCUUCAAGUACAACGGCACCGGCCUCGACGCACUCUCCAUCACCUCGCUGUCCGAAAAGACGUACCCCUCUCCCCCGCUCUGGGCCGUUGAAGACCUCCCCGAUCGAAUGAUCUCAGAAGUCCAGCCGCUUUGGGGCAUCCUCCCCGCAAACACAACAUCAACAGUCAACCUGUCUACAAUCGCAGGCCCUUCUCUCUAUCUGCCUGGCUACAUCGACACCGUCCCCCACUUUUCGCCCGUCCCCGUAUCCACAGGCCAGAACCUCCCAGGCGUAGACUUCUACACGCCAGCACUCUACCGCGCACUCAGCAUCAGCAGUCCAGCAGGCCAACCCUACGCAGAUUACUCCGGCUGGACGAGUCUCGCCCUCUACGCCAAGUGGCAGACACUCUCGACGACUCCUACAGGCGUAGCGAAGAUCAUCGAUCUUGUCUGGACGGAUUUCGCGGCUAACGCCAUGGUGGGGACUAAGGCUGCUGCGGAGCAAAAUCAGGUGAUGCUGGUUACGGUGUUUGAGAGGCGGAUACGGUAUAGGCUUCCCUAUGCGGUUCCGGGCAUUGUGGUGCUGGCUGUUGCGUUGGGGAUUGUGGGGUGGAUGGUUGUGUUGGGGUGUAUGCGGCGGACUGGGAUUAGUCGGUUGAAAGGGUUUUUGGAGAAGACGGCUGUGGGGAGGGUGCUGGGUUUGGUGUUUUUAGGGGAGGAGGGGGAGAUGGGCAAAGACUGGGUGGAGAAGGUGGGUGGGAGGAUGGUAACGAUUACUGAACGAAAGAUUACGGUUGAGCCAGGCUUACUGAGUGCGGAGACGAAGAGCGAUGGACACGGAAAUGAUAGUGCAGAAGGCUAA